GCGUCAUUGCUAAGUAGCCCAUUCAUCGAUGCAUUUGGGCGUUGGGCUCUGCAUGUUAUUAGCGCUCAGGGAGACCUCUCCAUUUUACCCCCUUGUCGAAGAGCAAAAGCUACAAAUCUAGGAAUUUACAAAUUUUAUUGCCAGUGCAACGUGGCCUCCCUGCCCCCCUCCAUUCGUGUUUCUUUUAGAAAAAAGAAAUUGUCGCUCUGCGAAGGAUUUGUUGCAAGGAACUUGAAACUUUUUUUUCUCUCAGGGUGUGAUUCCGGCUCUUUUCUUCCCCCCUCUCUCUUCACUCCUCCUUCUGUCUGCCCGUCCCCGUGUGUGUGUGUGUGUGUGUGUGUGCGUGCAGCAUUGAAAAGCCAGGCGUCUUUGUUCGCUUUCUUUCUUUCGCUGGCUCGGAGUUUCUUUGUUGUACAAGCAUGGGAGCCCAAUUCUCCAAGACCGCUGCGAAUCGCGAAACUGUUGCUGAAAAAGCGGGGGAAGCUGCAGCUGGAUCGCCUUCUAAAACCAAUGGGCAGGAGAACGGCCAUGUGAAGGUGAACGGAGACGCGUCCCCAGCCUCCGCCUCCGCCGCAGGCUCCGCCGCUGAGCCGCCCCCCGUGGAGAAAGAGGAGCUUCAGGCGAAUGGGGCCACCCCUGCCGAGGAGAGUAAAGAGGAGGCGGCCACAGCUCCUGCGGUGACCAGCGAGCCGGCCAGCGCGGCUGCGGCCAAGCCUGAAGAGACGAACGGGGAGUCGGCGGAGAGCGGAUCCCCGGCGGAGGGCGAGGUGGCGAAGAGCGAGGAAGCGGCGGCUCCCCCUGCUUCCACCUCGGCCGCCAGCCCGGCUAACAGCGAGACCCCGAAGAAGAAGAAGAAACGCUUCUCCUUCAAAAAGUCUUUCAAGCUCAGCGGCUUCUCCUUCAAGAAAACCAAGAAGGAGACCGGGGAGAGCGCCGACAACGAAGCGGCGGCUACUCCUAGCCCUGCUGCCGCCCCCACCUCGGAGGAAAAGGAGGAUCAGGGCGCCUCUGCUCCCGCUGCUGCAGAGGCCGGCACCACAGAGGAAUCCAAACCCAGCCAGGAAGGCGAUGCUCCCGCCCCGGCCCCGGCGACCGAGCCUGCCGCAGCUUCUGCCAACUCGGAGGAGGAGGAGACCGGCGCCUCGCCAGACGACAAGCCCGAAGAGAAGGCUCCCGAAAUCGCGGACGUACAGGAAGCCAAAGCCCCCGAGGAAGCCAAGGCCGACGAAGAGAAGCCGACAGCGGAACAAGCCUCGUCUAACCCAGCUCCCAACGCUGAAGCCUCAACUACUGAGCAAGAGGUAGCAGCAGCAGCAGCAGCAGAGCCAGCUGUACCACAGGACGUACCAUCUGAGUCCAGUCCAGUGCCACCAACUACCGACUCGGCAGAGUAAAACAGAAGCCCAAAACUGGAGUGAUAAUCAAAGGACCUUUUUUCCAUGUUUGUUUGUUGGAGUGGUGCCAGGUACUGGUUUGGAGAACUGUCUAACCAGGGAUUUUAAAGGCAUUUUUUUAUUUUUUAAAAAGAUAAAAAAAAUCCCAUUGCAUUCAUUCUGUUACCACCAUUCCAACAGGCAGAGAUGAGCCCCAAAUCUCGCUCUGUCAUUUUUUUUGCAUCAGUAUUACUGUUUUUGCAUAUUUUGCAUCAUUUUAUACAAAAGUUUAAACCUUUUGAUCAAUAUAUGGACAUGUCCAAUGGUGUGGAUAAUCUGGGUGGGUAAAUCCUGGGUAAAAUGUAAAUGAAGUAAUAUUGGAACCACAGUGCAGUGGUGUAGUUGCCAAGUAAAUGUGCCACAAACUAAUUAUGUAAAGGAUUUGUCUUUUUAAAAAAUUGCAAAUCUGACAAAAGUAAUCCAUACAGUUUACAACACUAAGUCUUGAAUACAAGAAAGCAAGGAAAUCUGUCAGAAAAUCAAUAGUUUUAGUAAUGCAUUAAAAUCAUAGAAACUUUUCACUUAUCUCAUUUUUAGCUGUACAAGUCAAGUGAUAAGUAGAAGAAAAAAAAAGCAAGUUGUAUAGGCGUUAUUGUUUAUUGCUGGUUCAUGACCUUAAAGUGUAAUUAUGUAUUACAGCAGGGUGUUUUUAACUGUGAUUAUGUAUAAAUGAAAACUUAAUAUCAAGAAGCACAUGAAGUUUGCAACUCUUCACCCUGCCCAUUUUGUAAAAUUGCCGUCAUCUUGGAAGAUCUUUUAAACAAUUUUAAAUGAAAAGCUGUGAUAAGUGGAAUGGUUGCUGUUUAUAUACUGUUGUAUGUUUGGUUACAGCAGUCAAUGCUUUUUUUCAGCCGUCUUUGACAAUUGGGAAAACUCUUCAGAUGCAAUGCGUUUUGUGUAGCAUCUUGUCUAUCAUAGUUUUUUGUAAAUACUGGAGAAGCUUUGACCAAUUUGAUUUAGAAAUGGAAUGUAACUUUGCUUACAAAAUUGCUAUUAAACUUCUCUGCUUAAGGUGUUCUAAUUUUCUGUGAGCACACUAAAAGCAAAAAUAAAUGUGAAUAAAGUUUCAA